AUUUCUCAGUCACAAUCAGUUUUUGGGGCAGCUAACACUCGAAACAAAAAUUCUACGUUUGUCCAAAACUAUACAAUGGAGGAAGAGCAAUCAAGUUCUAGUCCAUUCCUCAACUUUUUCAACGCAUACAAGGAGCAGUGCCACGGGUUACCUAUUUCCGUUAGGGAAUUGUUGCGUUUUGCAAGUAGGAAAUGGGCUCGGCUAACACCCAGUGAACAGGAAUGUUACGCCGACGUGAUCGAUCCUGUGUUUCCCGAAGCAAGCAGUUCCCAGUCAUCUGAAUACGAGCAGAUUGGAGAAGAUUCCCAGAUGUGCAUAGGUUCUCCAUAUUCCCGACAGAGGGCGUCUGAGAGGGCCCUAUUGCGCUCCAAAAGGUCUAAGCCGAAGCCAAAAAGUUCUCUGAAGUGGAAUAACGAUGACGCAAGUCAUUCGGGCACUGCUUGUGGCUAUAUCCACUUUCUACGCAAAUUUAGCAGACUAAACAAACGUUUACCUUUCGAGGAAUUGAUAGAAAUGGCAGCUCGCAAAUGGGGUGAACUAAAUGAAAAACAGCGCCAACAAUUUGAAAGGCCACUUUUGUAAGAUCCUCAAUACAUACAUAUAUAUAUGAAUUUCAGUAUUAUAAAGAAAGCAUAAGAAAAUAUUUCACAGCCCAGUUUAGAAAAGGAUUGUAAAGACAAGAUUAUAAGCAUUUUCUUUAUACUCAAAAAUGGAAUGUUAAUUUGAAUUACCAUGUUUUUGGACGAAAUAUUUCGCUAAAACGUUAUUUUACGCUAAGCAAAUUUUAAUAAAAAUUACUAAAUUCGUAACUUA